UGACUGAAUUUUAUAAUAUUUGACAGCUUACUAGAAAUAUUUUGCCCCACGGUGGAGCAGAAAACGGCACUAAGUUCGGAGCAAAAUUGAGCCCAGGGCGGCUUUCCCCAGUUUGAAAAAAUUUUUUGUUGCUCUUUUUACCCCCAAAAAAGCAUGUUUUAAUUGAAUUAAAAUUCGGGUUUUGCUCGGUUUUGUUCCAAAUUUAUGUGCAAGAUACUACUCAGAGAGACUGAUUUUUUGAAAAAAAGUUUGAGUUCAUAAGUGCAAAAGGCAAAAAGUUGUGAUAAAACAAAAGGCCAAAAAAUGACAUUUUGCCAAAACAAAAUUUUUUUCCGAAAAAGUAGUUUUUCGUCUUUAUCUCAAGUUCUACUUCAUCUUUUUUGAUAUUUUUUUUGUUUACCCCACGUACAAAAGUACGCUGAACACGAUUUUUAACUCAGAAUUGGAAAAAGUUCUAUGAGGCGGCCGAGCAAGACGAAUAAGUGCCAAAUUUUGCACACUUCCCCUAUUUCGCGAAUCUACUUUUCAAUCAUAACUCGGUCAGUUUUCAAUAUUUCUUAGUUUUCCAAAAAUUGACGUGUAGGUCUCAUCAAGACUCGAGACAUAUACAAUUUGUAAAAAGUCCAGUGGGAAAAUUUUUCAAGAAAAAAAUAAUUCAAAAAUUUAGUACUGGGGGGAGUGGUUUCCUGGGUCUCCUGAACAUUUUUUCCACUAAAGUUUUGCGGAAUGUAUUUUUGAUUCAUAGUUUUUGAUUUUAUUUAAUGGAAGAUGAAGUUUCGUCGCAUUAGAAAUACUCUGCCAAGAGAUAUUAUUUUUAUUAAUUUUCAGGCCAAAACUUGUUUUUUUCUAUACAUCUGUCUGUGUACAAGAUAUAGCCCUCAACUGUACGUCUCCUUUUUGGGAAAUCAAUAAUGAGUACAAUCCUGUAAUAAAAUUUUCAAAAAUUCGUUUUCCCACUGACAUAUCAGUAAUAAACGGUUUUCGAACGCCUUUUCUCAAAAUGUAAAUAUUGAAGAAAGCGGAAUCGAAAAACGACUCCCUCCAGAAAUUUACCUUCCUUACUUCCAGCUUGAGCUCUCUCCCGCAUGACCGAGUGGUUAGUGCGUAUGACUGCAGAAAUUUUGGUAGUUGGUUCAAUUCUACCAAGUGAUAAUUUUUUUUGUUUUUUGUGAGUAAUCGGGAUUCGAAUACAAAUACUCGAUUUUAUACAAAAUAUGGGUACGUCUCCUCUAAUAUAAAGCCUCCUCAAACUUCAAUCAAUCAUUGACCUACUGAAAUUUUCACAAACCCUCUAACAGGUUCGAGGCGAAGCCGAGAACCUACGCCCGGCAAGGGGACUCGCCUUACACCCCCUACAACUGGCGGGCCCGCUAGUCCAGCCGGACUUAAACAUUGUCUGUCAUUCAUUCAUUUUUCCUCUUCUUGUGAGAGUGACGUCCUCACCAGGACACUUCUUGAUUUUAAUAUUUUAUUUAGUUUCUUGACUAAAAUUACAUUUAUUUUCAAUCUGAAGUAUUCACUACCCCUAUUUUUUUAGUUUGAAGAACUAAAAAGUGUUUAGUUUGAAAAAAAAGUUUUAAGGCAUAACUAUGUGGCUUCCAAUAUUCUUGACAUUAAGGGGAUACAUACAAAUACAGAAUUUUGGUCUCAAAACUUAUCAAACCUUCUACAAAAAAUUUCUAGAAACACGUUUUUCCGAACUAGAAAAUUUUUGUAGAAGGUUUGAUAGGUUUUGAGACCAAAAUUCUGUAUUUGUAUGUAUCCCCUUAAUGUCAAGAAUAUUGGAAGCCACAUAGGUAUGCCUUAAAACUUUUUUUCAAACAAUUUUUAGUUAUUCAAACUAAAAAUAGGGGUAGUGAAUACUUCAGAUUGAAAAAUAAAUGCAAUUUUAGUCAAGAAACUAAAAAAUAUUAAAAUCAAGAAUUGUCCUGGUGAGGACGUCACUCUCACAAGAAGGGGAAAAAUGAAUGAAUGACAGACAAUGUUUAAGUCCGGAUGGAUUUAUGGGGACUGGAGAUGUGCACAGAGAGCGUAGAGAGAAAGAGAGAAAGAGAGAGAGAGAGACACACACACACAACAGUUACAGUCGGGAUAGACGAACCGUGUUAUACAACUGCAUAGAGCAACGUCACACUCACACCGUGUGACCACACGAAGAAGACGCGGUGUGUCCGCAAUGCGCAGUGAUAGAGAGGUUGAGAGAGAGACAGUGCUAGAGACCAGUGCUGUGCGGCCCUCGGCUCUCAGGGCGCGAGCCGAGAGCCGACUUUUUUCAAGAGCCGCACAGCCCUGGUUGAGACUAUUAAUCAACUGCCAAGUAACUGGAAAUUGACCUAAGAUUGCGUUAUACUCAUCCUACAGUAUUUCAAACAUCAUAGUUAAUCUAAUAUAAUCGUUUAGUCCAGCAGAGCAAGUUCCAGCAAAGUCCAACCAAAUUUCCAAAACAAAAAUUUCAAAAUUGUCUGAAACUUACUAAUAAAGUCAGUCAGUGAAACGAUAUUGGUUUUCUGUUACGUUUUUGAACCUUUGAAAAGAAAGUAGCGCACAGUAGAGAACAACGGAGAAUUAUGCUAGAAAGGUGGAGAAGUGCGCUGGAAAGGCGGCAGUAUUUGUCCCUGCUUGCGAACAAAAACAACGUGAAACAAAACUUUACGUAUUACAUUGAAAACAAUUGAACGCUUUAAAAAAUACAUACAGUGAGUGAAACCCUUUACACGUAUUUUCAAGUGAAUUGAAUACGUGGAAAUGGACAUAGGUUUUUGGAACUUUAUUCAGUUUAAAAAUCUUCAGCAAUGUCGUUGCAGUCGACAUUACUUUUGGGAUUUGGCAUUACAUUUUUAAUCUCUGUGAACUGUAAUCUUGAAUCAAUAACAAGUACCAAUCAUGAUGAGAUUAUACAAAAUAGUCGGUUGACAUUUGUCGCAUUCACUGCUUCUUGGUGUCCAUUCUCUCGAAAACUAAUGUCCAGCUUUUCUCAAGCAGCUGCAGACUAUCAAGCAAAGUACCCGGAUCGGAAAACGGUUUGGGGAAAUGUGGAUUGCAUGGCUGAAGAUUAUCUGAUGAACAAGUACUCUAUCACUAAAUUUCCGACAAUGAAAGUAUUCUUCUAUGGAUACAUGAUGACAGAAUAUCGAGGAUCUCGUCAAGUUAAAGGAUUAAUUGAAUACAUUGAGAAAAUGGAGAACACUUCUAGCCUUGUGAACUUGAAUGAAGCAGAAAGUUUGACUCAAUGGCAGAAUUAUGUUAUUCCACAAAAAGGAACUCUUAUUCUUUGGUUUCCUAGAGGUUCACCACCAUUUGAGCUCAUUCUUAAAGCGAUUGCAUUGAUUCAUAGUCAAUUGGUUGUGGUGGUUCCAAUUUCCGAAAACUUAUUGAAACAUGAGGAUCAUCAACUAUGGUUUUCUCUGGAUGGAGAGCAUGUUGAACGAUUUGAGGGAAGUGUGUCGAAUUUCAAAGAAAUCGUGGAAUGGAUCAAGAAAAAGUCGGCAGGAAUGGUUCGAGAAUUGACGUUUGAAAAUAUGGAGGAAAUGGUAGAAGAUGGCAAGCCACUAUUGAUUCUUCUGAGGAAAAAGGAUGAUAUUGAGACAGAAAAACAAUUUGUCACAACAAUUCGUCGUGAGCUCGACCAGGACACGCUUCUGAAACUUGCUCCAGUGAUGGCUGAUGGAAAAGUUCUCACGGCUGUUCUCCGUCAUUUCAACAAAGGACUUGAUGAUCUUCCAUUCUUAUUGAUCGAUCAGUUUACUCAUUCAUUCCCAUCUCCAUGGAAGGGAAAUGAGAUUUUCGCAGAAGGAAAUAUUAAACAGUUUGUGGCUGAUCUAUUUAACGACAACCAUCAUCGAAAAUUGCACGAGAAGCUCAAUGAACUCAUUCAAAAAAUUGUGACAGAAACCGAGGAAAUUGAAAAACAAGCAUCGGAGGAGAAAGUUGAAAAACCAACAGAGAAACUUGAGAAGCAUGAAAGUGUAUUUAAUAAGCUAAAACCUGCAUCAACUCGUUAUUCAUUUGCUAAAGAAGAACUUUGAGGAGAAUAUUAUUAAUUUUAAAUUAUUUAUAAUAUUUUUUAGAAAAUAAAUCAUAAAUAUAA